AUAACUGGCAUGAAACAAAAUUUAUAUUUAUAUUAUAUUAAAAUUGAAUAAAUCAUCAUUCACUUACUGACAGUUUACUGUACCAUAAUAAAUAAUUACCUAAUUUUAUUAAAAAGUGUCCAGAUUUUUGAGUACCUACAUUUGCUGGUUAUAGUGUAAUUGUGAUAUUGUUAUAAAAUGACCGAGACCGAUGCUACCACGAGACCCCUAACAAUGCCAGAGAAAUUUAUACCGUACCUCGAGAGACAUAGAAUUUAUUUUCUUUUAAAGGAUAUAGUAAGAGAUGUAGCCAUCAAUUUGCCCAAGGACCAUUUGAAACAUAUGAAGGUGUUCCUCACACAACACGCCCUCUGCAACAAGGAGCCAGACAGAGUCAUACUGCUUGUCUCGCCUAAUCUCGAAAUAGAUGUCAAGAGAUUGGUCAAAGACAUGAUAAAAAACCUCGGAUUCUUCGUUAUCACACGUCGUUGUCUAAUGGAUCGUUACGAAAAGCAUGACAACUACGUACCAGGAUGUGUGUCGCCAGCACUCCUCUCGGAGGUGACGAAGACGAUGACCUUAAAGGAACCAGUACCAAAUGUUGGGUGGCUGAUGUUUGAUCACCCGUGCACGGUGCGGGAGGCGCGUUGUUUGCAACAAGACGGCGUAUUACCAACAGUGACUUUAGUGUUAAUGCCAACGCCAUCACAAGCAACUCCAACCCACGACCCGCGCACCCCAUAUAGAAACUUUUUCCAGCAGGACUUUGAGGCUCUGAAGUUUGCAUUUAAAGCAACGCUUAUGGAGGUCCACAUCGAUCAAGAUGACGACCCAGAGAAGAUUGCAAUAAAAUGUUUCAAUGCGAUAAAAGCUUGCACGUCAGGACUUCAGGGUUCGAAGCAGGGUCUACACGUGGUAGGGGCACCGGGCGUGUACCGAGUGCUACUUAUUGGACCGAGAGGUGCCGGCUGCAAUACGCAAGCUGUUAUGCUGGCCAAGCACUUUGGACUUAUUUAUUUGAACUUCAAUACUCUACUGAACGAAGCUCGUGAAAAGACCGACGAUAUAGGCGAGAAGCUGAGGCGCUACGGAUCCAGUGUACAGCUCAAGGCGGAUAUAGUGAAACGACGCAUUUUGAAAAAGGAUUGCAUCGAUAAUGGAUGGGUGAUGACAGGGUACCCUCGAACCGGGAUGGACUUUGAACAUUUGGACAACAUGACUACGCCACCUAACCGCAUAAUAUUCUUGAACGCGGACAUGGCGACGUGCAAAGCUCGCGUGAUGUCUCAAGGUGUGGACUGGUGCACCGGUCAGGCAGCGGUCCCUGGCUCUGGACCCAGAGUUAUGCACCACUCAAAGAAUGACGAAAUGGAACUCGAUGCAGAGUUUGAUUACUACUACUCGGAGGCGUUGGCCGAGCUUCGCGCGGCAGCCGGGCUAACUGCGGUCGAAAUCAAUGCCGCCGAAUCCAUUGAUAAAGUACAAGUCAAAAUUCAAGCUGCGGUGAUAUCUGCACCGGCGUUCGACAUAGAAUACUGCUCUCAGCUGCGUAAUGUACGAGCCGAUUAGGGUCCGCUAGGUAUUUCAAC